AAAUGAUUGUGUAGGUUCUCCUGUUUAAUUUGAAGACACAUACAUACAUAGAUGCAUGCUUCUUCUCCAAUUACUAAUUAAUAUGAUAUAUGUGUCCAAACUCCAAACACAGUACCUGAUCUCCCUCUUCUCUCUCCUCUUACAAGUGAGCAGCAUACAAAUUAAAUAACCUCAGGAGUUGUUGUAUCAUCUGCAAUGGCAGAGGAUGCAAAGGUGGCAAGGGAAGCAACGCUUGCCCAACUACUGAAUCAAACAUUUGAUCAUCAUAAUCAAAUUUCUUCAACUCCCAAGAUUCAAAGAGUUCCUCUUUUUUGGCGUCAAAAAACCAGCUUCUACGAGUAUUGUAUACCCAAAAUGAUAUCAUUUGGUCCCAUUCAUCAUCGCAACGAAAAUCUGAAGCAACAAGGUCAACACUUGAAAUCUCAAUGGGCAUCUCUCUACAUUGAAGAAUACAGUAAAGAAGUAGGUCCUUGUAAUGGUAACAAGCAAGAAGCAGUAAACUAUUUGUAUGGAGUUGUAGGAUAUAAGAUUGUGGAACUGAAGGAGCUGUUUGCUGAGGAUGUAAUUGAAGGGUAUAGAGAUGAAGAACUGAUUUGGAUGCUGUUUGAGGAUGGAUGCUCUUUGCUCUAUUACAUGGACCACGUUGAUGUUCAGCGUCCAGAAGAACUGAAGCUAAAGCUUGAUCAGCUGAUGCAUACUUGGAGAGAUAUUGAAUUGCUGGAAAAUCAACUUCCAAUAAAAUUGCUGCAGCUGCUGAGCAAAACACAAGGUGCUGACUUGGACUAUUUACUGAUCAAUUUUAUGAGCAUGGGUGAAGAAAAGCGGAGUGGAAGGACAACGAUCACAAUCACCUAUACGCCUACAAGAAAUCAUAUACUUGAUUUUGUUCGCUCAUUCUACCUUCAAACAGAGAUUGGACAGAAUAUCCCAAACCAAAACGGUGGAAAUCAGAUGCCUCCUCCUCCUCCUCCUCAUUCCUCCCUAGUUUGGCAAACUUACAAGAACAUACGUGAUCUCAAAAAAUCAGGGAUUCGGGUAAAGGCAAACAAGAGUGAUCCAUGGAAGUGGCAUAACAUCACUUUUACCUCGAGAUGGUUUAGUGGAGAAUUGACACUUCCUUUGUGGGUAUACGACGAUGUCACGCCUUACUUUUUUCGAAACUUGAUUGCGUACGAGAUGUGUCCAGACUUUCGCAACAGCUUCGAAUGUUGUUGUUUCUUUUCUUUCUUGGAUUCCUUGGUAGAUGAUGCUGAGGAUGUCAAGGAGCUUAGAUCAGCUGGUGUUAUCCAAAAUUUGCUUCAAAGCGACCAAGAACUGGCCAAAUUCCUUAAUGACAUUGGACAUGACUUGCCCACUAAAAUGUUCAAUCAAAUAUACACAAGCAAUGCUGUCUCAUUUAGCAAGAAUUAUAUCCAAGUCAGGCAUCAAAUUGAAGAACAUUACUCGAGUGGAUGGAGAACUUUUCUGGCUGAAACACGGAGUACUUAUUUCAGUUCUCCCUGGUCUUUGCUUGCCUUCUUGGGUGCACUUGCUGCAUUAAUUCUCGCUGCUCUUCAAACAUGGUAUACGAUACAUCCUCCUAAAAAAUAGUUAUCAUAUUUCCAUAAUAAGUCUGUGUGUGAGUGUGAUCUAGGGAUCAUAGUUUGAAUCAGAAUUUCUUGGACCCAAAAAAGGUGUGUACUUCGCAUUGGUUUUUAUUAUUUGUGUUU